AUGGAUUGGUUAAAUGAGAACGAUGAACAUUCGAUGGAUAUAUUGAGGAAUGCUUACAAUCGUGAUAAGAGUGAUAAUUUCCCGCAAACAUCCGAACAUACGAAAUUUUCCAAUUCCGUUGUUGAUGUAUUCACACAGCUUAAUGAAGCACUCAAAUUGUUGAAACAGAUGGAUUGUCCAAAUCCGGAAGUAUAUGCGGAUAUGAUGAAACGAUUUUCAAAAACAUUAAACAAAGUGUUGCUAGCAUAUGCGGAUAUGGUACAGAAGGAUUUUAGCAAAUUUGUUGACGAUGAAAAACUUGCAUGCAUUCUAAUGAAUAAUGUUCAGCAACUUCGAGUACAACUAGAGAAAAUAUACGAGAAUAUGGGUGGUCCAAAUCUUGAUCCUACCGCAAAUACGGUACUAAAUAAUUUGCAAAAGAAGCUUAAUGCUGUACUGAAUAAAUUAUCGGGACAAUUUGUGGAAAAUUUAGUGCCAAAUAUUCGUGUACAAAUGAAUAAAUUAAGCGUUAUUUUGAGUAAAAUCAAAGGACCACAGUUGCCAAAAAGUCAAUUGGUUGAAGAAGUGGAUUCCGUACUUGAACCACUGAUGGAAUUACUGGAAGAUAAAUUGCAGGAUUAUGCAUCACAAUGUGAAAAGACAGUGUUGAAGUAUUUGCUGAAAAUUUUAAAGCAAAUACCAAAUGCAGAAGUGUUCUGUGAUAUGACAAAGCUAAUGUCAACUCAUUUGAAAGAAGUGAAGAAUAUAAGUUCGGUAAAAGAAAUGAUGGAUAUUGCUCGAGAAUAUGAACGUUCAUUAACUCCAAAACAGUGUACAGUAUUAGAUGCCGCAUUAGAUGCUGUAAAAGAAUGUUUCCAUGCUGGUGGCCAAGGAUUGAAGAAAUCAUUUUUCGAGAAAUCACCAGAAUUGCAAUCCCUGAAGUAUGCCUUAUCAUUGUAUACUCAAACCACCGAACAAUUGAUCAAAACAUUUAUUACCAGUCAGAAGCAACAAGAUCUUCCUUCACAAGAGCAACCGGUUGGAGAAGUAAAUGUUCAAGUGGAUCUUUUCACGCAUCCGGUAACCGGUGAACAAAAAGUUACGGUUAAGAUAUUGGCAGCAAAUGAUUUACGAUGGCAGACGGCAAGUACUUUUAAACCAUUUGUUGAAUUACACCUUGUUGGGCCACAUUUGGCUGAUAAGAAGCGCAAAAUGGCAACAAAAUCGAAAAGUAGCAAUUGGGCACCCAAAUUCAAUGAAACAUUUCAUUUUUUUCUCGGUAAUGAAGGUGAGCCAGAACAUUGUGAAUUAAUGUUCCAAGUGAAAGAUUACUGUUUUGCACGUGAGGAUCGUAUUGUUGGAGUUGGAGUGUUACAGUUAGCCAAUAUGGUAGAGCAAGGAUCAUGCGCUUGUUGGGUACAGCUUGGCCGACGAUUUCAUAUAGAUGAAACAGGCCUCAUUUUACUCAGAAUAUUGAGUCAAAGGCAAACCGAUGAGAUAGCUCGAGAAUUUGUACGUUUGAAAUCAGAGUGUCGUUACGAGACUGAGUCAACCAUUGCGGCACCGACAAGUAAUCAGCAAUUAGCAACAGGACGACCUGAAUGGAGUGAAAGUACCAAAGGGCUUGGAUGGAGUGAAGAUGCGAAGGAUGUUUUGUGGCCUGGACGGAUGAGAGUGUGA